CUCCUGAUCUCUCUUGCAGGAAGCGAUAAUGAACUCUCAAGUGGUACUGGUGAUGUAUCCAAAGAUUGCCCAGAGAAGAUACUAUAUUCUUGGGGAGAAUUGUUGGGACGAUGGCAUAAUAAUCUGGAAAUGCGACCAAAAGGUCUAUCUUCAUUGGUGAAAAGGGGUGUACCAGAAGCUUUGAGAGCUGAAGUAUGGCAGUUACUAGCAGGAUGUCAUGAUAACCAAGCGAUGUUGGAUAAAUAUAGAAUUCUUAUAACAAAGGAUUCUUCCCAGGACAGUGUCAUUACACGAGACAUUCAUCGUACUUUUCCAGCACAUGAAUAUUUUAAAGAUACUGGAGGAGAUGGACAGGAUUCUCUAUAUAAGAUUUGUAAGGCAUAUUCAGUUUAUGAUGAAGAAAUUGGUUAUUGUCAGGGUCAUUCCUUUCUUGCUGCUGUUCUUCUGCUGCAUAUGCCUGAAGAACAAGCCUUCUGUAUCCUAGUGAAGAUCAUGUAUGACUAUGGCCUGCGGGAGCUCUAUAAAAACAAUUUGGAAGGUUUGCGGAGAAAAUUUUAUCAGCUGGAGAAACUUACGCAGGAACAGCUGCCUGAUUUAUAUAACCAUUUUGUGGAACAGAAUCUUGAAGCUCAUAUGUAUGCCUCCCAGUGGUUUCUCACCCUCUUCACUGCCAAGUUUCCACUUUGUAUGGUCUUCCACAUAAUUGAUUUACUACUUUGUGAGGGUCUGAAUGUAAUCUUUAAUGUAGCCUUGGCUCUCUUAAAG